UCUGGGCAGUGGAGGAGACUGUAGACUGGCGGAGAGGAGAGUCCCCCACCAGUGUUUUUGAGUAGUUAGGGCUUUAAUAAUAAUUGAGUUCUUCUUCUGUACAAGCUUAUUUGAAUGGCGAAUCAGAUGUACAGGUUUAACUUUAGCAGUAACUACGGUGGAGGGGGAGAAGCAGCAGCAGCAGCAGCUAAUCUGUAUAAUACUAACAGCUCAAGAUCCAUGGUUGCAGACUCAUUCCUAUCCUCCUCCGACACCUCAUCAUUGCUGGGCUCUUCGAGGUACCUAACUUCCUCCGACCCGCUCUUCUCCUCGUCAGCGGCCCGCCUCUUCAGCCACUCCGACAGUUAUUCGUUUAGAAUUCCAGGUCUCGACGCCGUUUCUCCCACCACAACCUCCAAGCCCGCUUCUUCUUCUUCUUCCUGGCCUGGCCCUCCCGGUGUUGACAUUGCUGACCCUUUUAUUCUGGCUACUUUAAAACGUUCCUCCUCCCAAGCACUCUAUCAUCAGACUGUUUUUGGUGCCCAUAACCCAAUUGGGCAAACCGAAGCUUGGUUUUCCACCAACCCUUUAGCCAAGCGCCCUAGAUUCGAGAGUGCAGGCAAUUUGCCCAUUUAUCCCCAGAGACCUGGAGAGAAGGACUGUGCCUAUUAUAUGCUUACAAGAACCUGUAAAUAUGGAGAUAGCUGCAAAUUUGACCAUCCUAUUUGGGUUCCAGAGGGUGGAAUCCCAGAUUGGAAAGAGGUCCCACUUGUUGAUACAAGUGAACCCUUACCAGAGAGACCAGGAGAGCCAGAUUGUCCGUUUUUUAUGAAGACACAAAGAUGCAAAUUUGGAACGAGGUGCAAAUUUAACCACCCAAUAGAGAAAAUAACUCCUUUGGUUGCAUUGGAGACCAAUUCUGCUGUAUUGCCUGAGAGGCCAUCUGAACCUCCAUGUGCGUUCUAUAUGAAGACUGGACAAUGUAAAUUUGGUGCAACCUGCAAAUUUCAUCACCCAAAAGAUCUACAGAUAUCAACAGCUGGACAAGAAAAUAGCUUUGGUGAGCAGAGCAAAUUAUCUACUAAUGAAACAAGUGGAGAUUUCAAGGCAGUGAAGCCACCUGUUACUCCAGCAAUGAUGCAUAAUACGAAAGGACUGCCUAUUAGAUUGGGAGAAGUUGAUUGUCCAUUCUACCUGAAAACUGGCAGCUGCAAGUAUGGUCAAACAUGUCGGUACAAUCACCCAGAUAGAAAUGGAAUUUCAGCAAUCAAUCCCCCUGCUGCUGCUAUAGGUGCAGCGUAUAUAGCCUCUCCUGCACCAAAUUUAAGCAUCGGAAUUGUUAAUCCAGCUGCAUCUAUCCUGCAGACUUUUGACCCAAGGCUGACACAGACAACGGUUGGAUUGGCCGCUGCUAUCUACCCACAACGACCUGGAGAGACUGCGUGUGAUUUCUAUAUGAAAACUGGGGACUGCAAAUUUGGUCAAAGAUGCAAAUUUCAUCAUCCUAUUGAUCGUUCAGCUCCCAUAAUAUCAGGAAAGGAAACUCAGCAGGAAAAUGUUAAGCUCACUCGUGCAGGCUUACCCAGGAGAGAGGGUGCCAUUCACUGCCCUUAUUAUAUGAAGACUGGAACAUGCAAGUAUGGUGCGACUUGCAGGUUUGACCAUCCACCUCCUGGAGAGGUAUUGGCUAUGGGAACAACGGCGCAAGGGACGUGGUCGCCUACUGGGGGAGAAGCAGAGGAGGGCUCAAGCGGGCCUGAAACCGGCGGAGAAAAACAGUAGUCCUGGUUUUACCUAUUUUUUGUUGCUUGGGAACGUUUGGAGCUAGCAAUUGUGCUGUAUUAUGCGUAAACAGUUAAUGGAUCGUAUAUGGAAAUAUUGGACAUUAUUGAUCUGUUUGUGUGUAGAGCCAUUUCUCUUUGUAACUCAAGAAAGACUUGCUGCUGAAGUAUUUGGCAUUUUCACGUCCGUUUA